UGUAGCUUCGUUGGGUUGUUUUGUUUACCGACUCUCGGCGGAGCCGUUGAGUUGAACCUGAGAACUGAGAGAACUAAAACUCCCAAAUCUCAACAUAUCUUACGAUACAUCUCUUCCUCCCGCUUUUCGAUUCUAACCCAACAAACACACACAAAAGCUCACCAGUCAUGAAAAACGACUGUCGUUUCGCUCUCCUCCUCCUUUUCUUGACUUCAGUUACCCUUCACACAAAAGCGGAAGUCAUAACCCUAACUCCCGACACCUUCUCCGACAAGGUAAAGGAGAAAGACACGGCCUGGUUCGUGAAAUUUUGUGUUCCUUGGUGUAAACAUUGUAAAAACUUGGGGACGUUGUGGGAUGAGUUAGGAAAGGCAGUGGAAGGAGAAGACGAAAUAGAGAUUGGAGAAGUUGAUUGCAGUGUAAGCAAACCUGUAUGCACUAAAGUAGACAUCCAUUCAUAUCCCACGUUUAAGCUCUUUUAUGAUGGCGAAGAAGUUGCUAAAUAUCAAGGGAAAAGGGAUGUAGAAUCGCUAAAAGCAUUUGCUUUGGAAGAAGCAGAAAAGGCAGCAGAAAAAGCACAGCUAGACACUGAUAAAGAGUUAUAAUCAUUCAAAAGGAAUGGAACUCCCGAGCAGAAACAGGGUACUGAUGGUCGUUUACUAGGGGAUGCUUAAAUUUUGACGGCACCCCCAACCUACACAUGUUAUUUGCUUUUCUGGAUUUUGUCGCUGAUCUGAUUUUUUUUUUUAAUGCUUAAAACAUGUCUGAAUUUGAGAAUUUUUAAUCUUUAGUAAAACAAACCAAAUUUUCCAUAAAAGGAAAAGAACAGUAUCAGAGAUUUUCAGGAUCUGAUUUUGUAUUUGUUUUAUAAUAAUCAAAGUAAAGCUUAUACAAAAAUGAAA